UGCACGCCUAUACACGCGCGCGUCGCUUUCAGAGAGGCGCGUGGAGAAGCUCCGAGCUGUUUCUGCCGGUCGAGGUGUUCGUUCUCUUGGCGAGCCUGUUCUUCAAGAAAAUGUCGUCGGUGCGAACGCAAUCGACCGGCGGCGGCGUCCUCGGUUUGAGCAGCGUCGGUUCCGAUCGCACUGGUGCCACCUCGACUGUCGCCGGUUCUCAUUCCCACUCGCACAGGAAGCAUCAUCAUCAUCACAGAAGCAGGAGCGCGCCCAGGGCGCCGGAGAAACCGCCGAGGAAGCGUCAUCUUAAUCCCGGCCACAGCCUCGCUUCCAUUCCCAACCAGAUUAAGCUGUCGAUGCUGAACAGCGGCCUCAUCUCGUUCGCCUCAGAAGAACUCGGUGGUAGCAUGAGCACCACUCUGCCAUCAGCACCGACAGAACUUCCGCAAUUCCCGAAGCUUUGCGAGCUGCGUCGAAAGUUUCCUGUUCUGUACCGCGUGGAGUUUCAGACAGCGACGAAAGUGGAGACACAUUCAUGCAGACACGCCAUGAAACCAUCCAACAAAGAGAAGAACCAAAACCAAAAGUGUAUUCCUUAUGACUACAACAGGGUGGUUUUGGAUACGAUCGAGGGCGAGCCCGACUCCGAUUACGUUAACGCGUCUUAUGUAGAUAGUAUAUUGAAACCGAACGCUUACAUCGUGACUCAGGGACCCAUGGAGAACACUGUGACAGAAUUCUGGCGGAUGGUCUGGCAGGAGAAAGCUUGUUGUAUCGUCAUGUUGACGAAAACCUUCGAUUUCAUCAGGGUGAUGUGCGUCCAGUAUUGGCCAGCGAGUAAAGAGAAGGACGAAGAAUACGGUGGUAUCGGCGUUUCCGUGCUGAAGGAAGAGGAGCUCGCCAAUUUUCACAUACGGACGAUAAGGCUUUAUAAGAAAAACGAGAACGACGAGGUUACAGAAGAAAGAACAUUGUUACAGUUCCAUUACACGGAAUGGCACUCGCACACGUGUCCAUUUGGAAACGCGGUCCUCGAGUUUCGUCGUCGAGUAAGAGCGGUGGUUGGUUCCACCAUAAAGAACGAAUCUGGACCCAUGGUGGUGCAUUGCAAUGACGGUGGUGGAAGAUCAGGCGUUUAUUUAGCGAUAGACGCGAAUAUGGAGCUAGCUGAAGAGGAAGACGCGUUCGACGUCUUUGGUUACUUGAAAAAGUUACGGCAAAGCAGAAGAGGACUUAUCGAGAAUUUGGAACAGUACAAAUUCGUGUACGACACGUUAGAGGAGUUCGUGGUGUGCGGCACCUCGUGGUUUCCGGUCUCGGAGUUGUCGCAACGCCUGAAACAGAAGAGCGUAAAGGAUCCAAUAACCAAGAUGAAUGAAUAUCAGCGGGAGUAUCAGCAAAUUUGUAAGCAAACGCCGCGUUUUACGAUCGGAGAUUGCGCCGGAGGCCAUCGAGCCGAUAACAGGGAAAAGAACAGGGAUGUUCUUGUAGUGCCACCUGACAACUUUCGACCAUACCUCACCAGCUUCCAGGGUAACAGUUACACUGACUAUAUAAACGCUGUCUUUGUGGACGGUUACACGAAGCCCAGGGAAUACAUCGUAACCGAAUGGCCACUUCGACACACGUGUGGUGAGUUCUGGUCCCUGGUUUACGACUACGAGUGCGCCGCCGUGGUGGUGCUGUGUGUGCCUCCACCAGGUUCCACCAACUUCCCAAGCUUUUGGCCGGAGGGAAAACACUCGAAGAAAUACGGUCCUGUAUUUACGAUUGAUCACAUCAGCCACAAUCACUAUACGAACAUCAAGACCUGGAUUUUUAGGAUAAAUAAGAAGAUUGUGUCGCUGACCGAGCUUAUGGCAGGAGUGAAAGCUCCACCGAAGACCGUUCAACUGUUCCAGCUGACCUGUUGGCCAAUGGGUCACAAGGUCCCGACGUCGACGAACAGUCUGGUCGAGUUGAUGAAUAUGGUUGAAAGGUGGAGGCAACGAACGGAUUAUGGGCCGGUCGCUGUGGUCUCCCCAGAUGGUAGAAGUCGUUGUGGCGUGUAUUGUGCCGCAAACGCGUGCAUAGAACAGGUCAUUCAGCACGGGGAAGUGGACAUUUUCCAGGCAGUUAAAACCGUACGCAGGCACAGGCCUCAGCUCGUUGAGAACAUGACCGAGUACAAGUACUGCUACGACCUAGUGCUCCACUACGUACUCCACUACCUAAAUAAGGACAUGAACGAGAAAAAGUGAGAAAGCGAGUUGAGGGACGAGCUGUGGUUCAUCGAGUUCGGCCGCGGGGCAGCGUUACCUCUUACA